CAUACCAUCGCCAACCCUCUCUUUAAUUCAAGUAAUAUUUGAAAACAAGCAAUCCCUGUUCUCUCUCUCUCUCUCUUCCUUCUGCUUCCAAAGGAUUCAUUAAACUCGCCACCUAAUCCGCUCUUCUUCAUUUACCUUGGAAGAACCAGUCUUUGCUUUUUGGUUUUCUUGUCUUCAAAAAUCAAUCUUUUUUUCAUCUGUUUCUCUGUUUCUUUUUCAUCAAUAAGAUUUAAUAGUACACUUCUAUAACAAGGAAAGAAUUUCCAAAAGAAAAAGAGAUAAUGAAGGAAAUGACAGCUACAUCAGCAACUUUGGUUCAGAAUACUUCAUCAUUAUUGUCUUCAUCUUCUUCAUCAAUGUCUUCUUCCUCCUUUUUUACAAACUACCCUCUCAUUUGUGCUUUUCUUGCCUUUGCUAUUGCCCAAUCUAUCAAGUUCUUAACCUCCUGGUACAAGGAAAGACGAUGUGAUAUCAAGCAACUUGUAGGAUCUGGUGGGAUGCCUUCAUCGCAUUCUGCCACAGUUGCUGCUCUUGCUACAGCUAUUGGAUUACAAGAAGGCUUCAGAGGAGCACUAUUUGCAACUGCAUUGAUCUUAGCAUGCAUUGUAAUGUAUGAUGCAACUGGUGUAAGAUUACAGGCUGGACGGCAGGCAGAGGUCCUGAAUCAAAUUGUUUAUGAAUUGCCCGCUGAACAUCCCUUGGCUGAGAGCAGACCAUUACGUGAACUUCUUGGUCACACCCCUCCCCAGGUUAUUGCUGGUGGAUUGCUUGGUGUUAUUACAGCAGUUGCUGGCUAUUUAAUUACUCUGACUGCUAGUUAAAGUUGAUGCUCAUGUAGAUCAUAGAUAUCAUUCGACAAUAGCUUUGAUGUUUGAACUUGUUCUGCCACGCAAAAGAACUGCAACUCGCUGACCUUUGCCCUCGAGGGAGAUUUCUCAGAUUCGAAUGCUAAAGUUUGAGAUGUCUGCAGUAUCAUGUUGCUACCAGUAGCAUCUUAAUUUUAAAUUGAUUCUGUAUCCGGUGUAAUGAAAAGUCAUGACAGUAUGAUACAUGUAAUUGGAAUCUCAGAUUUCCUCAAUCUGAUUAAAUGUAAAAUUAUUUCUGUGAUACUUAUCAGUUAUGGCUUUCUAGCACCGGCUAUGCAGACUUGAUAAUUCAUGUAUUUUUAUUUUAUCUUACACGAAAAUUGAAUGUUAAAAUUUGUG